AUGAGUUUGUUAUAAUUAGUGAAGAAUGGGGAAUGUGAUGGGUGCAUUAUUAUCAGGUUUUGGUGAUAUUGUUGGCAAAUUGUUUGGUCAUCCACUUGAUUUUUUGUCUGGAAAAGCUUGUAGUACAGCAUGUGCCCCAACAUGGGAUUUUCUUUGUUACAUAGAAAAUUUUUGCAUCCCUCAACUCUUGAAAUCAGCCAUGGUUUCAAUCCUAUUAUACUUUGUUUUCUUGUUCCUUUACUUGCUUUACAAGUUGGGAAUUUGUCAGUGCAUUUGUCACAUACUUUGUAGAACUACUUGGGCUUGUUUCUCCACUUGCUUUUCAGCCUUAGAUUGUUGUUGCACUUGCAUUUGUUUCAACAUUCAGAAACUUCUUCUUACACCUAGGCAUAAUAGAAGAAGAAGAAGACAUCAAAAAGAUAUUGAAGAAGCACUUGUUGAUAUUUCUAGUAAUUCUAGUGAAUCACAAGACUCUAUUAAAUUUGAUGACAUAAAAAGAAGAAAAUCAAUGAGGGAACAUAGAAAAGAACAUAUGAGGAAGUCUUUGAGGCCAAAGAGUCAUCAUAUGCAAGUCCAAAUUGUUAAUGAUUCAAUCCACCACCACAAGAAGAAGAAGUUCAAAAAUGGUCCUAUCGAUGAUCACAUCCGAGUGAGUAGAAGAACAAAAUUUACACAAAAGGGAAUGUUCAUUAAGGGUUCAACACGUUCACGAAGGAGAGCAUGA